UCAGAGAAAUGUCAAAUCAAACGAAUUCGUAAAAUAACAUCGUAGCGAUCAAAAAAUGACCGACCCAAUUUUACUCCAAAAAGCGCUUAGAGAAAACACCAACGACAUUUUCGAAUUCUCCAAGGAUCUGAAAAAAUGGGGCGAAGAGAUGAAACGCAAGGAGGAAUCGUUCAAAAAAGACAUGCAGGAUACGUUUGAUCAAAAGAAGGGCCCUAAGGGGCAUAAAAAGAGAAAAUCAAGCCGGUCGGAUAAAGGCAAAAGUCCUGCGACAAAAAUCGGUGGCACCGAUUACGCGGCUUGGGACAAAUUCGAUGUCGAUGCGGAACUGAAUAAAUUAGAAGGCGAUGGUGACGAUUCUGACCUAACAGACGAAUGUAAUGAAGAAAAGUACGAUGAAGCCAUUAUUGAAAAAGAAAAGGGUAAUAAAUUCGUGAAAUCUCAAGAAUGGGCGCGAGCUGCAGAAUGCUACACUAAAGCCAUCGGACAUUAUUCGUACGAUCCCAUAUUUUACGCCAACCGUGCUUUGUGUUAUUUGAAACUCGAAAAAUACGAAGAAGCUGAAAAUGAUUGCAACCUUUCCAUAAAGCUAGAUGAUACUUAUGUGAAAGCAUAUCAAAGAAGAGCUGCUGCUAGAAUGAAGCUUAACAAGCUCGAACACGCCGAAGUUGAUCUACAGAAAGUCUUGAUUAUUGAACCUAAUAACAAAGAAUCAAAAAGCGAACUGUUGAAAUUAUCAGUCACUUUGAAUAGGGAACGAGACAAAGAUAAACAACGAGCCGUAUCGAAAUUCACGGCAUCUAGAAAUAAAUUGCAUUCGAACAAUUUCAGUAACUUCUCGAAAGAUGAUCUUGUACAGAAGCAAAUCAAAGUGUCUGACAAGCAAAUAGACAACAGUAAAUCAGUACCACAGUGGCUUAAAAGCGAUGAUUUAAUCGAAGUGAUGCCAAUUAAAAAACCACCCCAUAUGCGUUCCAAAGAGCCCCUUAAGCGCAUUAAAAUUACCGAAAUUGACGGGUUCGAAACUAACGAAAAACCUGUCAAGAAGCAUGUUGUAGAAAAGCGCGAGGAGACCAUAGAAAUCAAAGAAAAUUCUGAACAGCUGAUAAAAGAAAUUCCCCAACAGCCGAUGAAAGAAAAUUCACUAGAAUCUAAUAAACCGAUAUCAGCUUUCAAGAAACAAAAAUGCAACAAAACUGUCCCGGAAGAACCCGUUUCGUCCACUUCUUUACCGCAACCCGGAAGCGACUUAUCCUGUCUUAGAACCGAAGCUCUCAAAGUUCUGGAAAGAAUCGAUUCAUCAACGACUCCUAAAGAUAUUAAAAAUACAGUUAACGAUAACAAAAAACUCACAGAAACGAUCGAUAGCGAAGUUAAAAUGGUUUACCCCAACAAUUCAGUGCAAUUCCAGACGUGUUGGAAAAAUUUGAGCUCCAACUCGGAGAGAUACAAGUACUUUAAAAUGAUAAAACCGCAAGAUCUGCCGAAAUUAUUUUUGCAUUCGAUGGAUAGUAAUAUUUUCAGCGGUAUAUUGGAACUACUGGUGAAUGAUUUUAUAGCAAACAGGGAUGAAGUUUAUGAGGUAUUAGCUCAUUUGACGCAAGUGAAGAGAUUCGGAGCUAUCGUUAUGUUUAUGAGCGGCGACGAUAAGAGUAACUUGUGGAAAUUGUUAGAUUACAUUAAAGAAACCAACGAGAAGGAGAAGGAAGACGUCGAUAGGUUAAUAGAAAAAUUCGAGCUUUAGAUAUUUUGCUUUUUCGAGGCGAAAUUUUUCGAGUUUUUGAUUAAGUUUUCUUAUACACUUUAUUGUUACAGAAAUGAUUAAAAUAUUUUUACUUU